AUGUCACGAAAAACGAUUCUGGCCCCCGUGGCCCUCCUCCUCACAGCAGCUUCCCUCGUCCUGCUCUGGUUCGUCAUCCUCUCCGGCGUAACCCGCACUUCGCCGCUGCGCCAGACCUAUUUCCUGCGCGCCGACACAUCAGGUUACGAGGGUGCCCGUGCGGUCUCACAGUGGACCUAUUUCCACGUCUGUGGUAACGACAACACCGACUGCGGCCCGGCCCGCCCAGCCCUUCCCCUCGGCGACGCUUGGGCUAGCAAUGCGCGCAAUGUGCCCGCAGAGUUGGUGGGCAACCAUGGCAACGAUACCACGGGGACGUAUUACUGGUACAUGUGGCGGUUUGGAUGGGUGUUCUUCCUGAUUGCGCUCUUCUUCGAGGUGGUCGCUUUCUUUUCGGGGUUCCUGGCGCUGUGCAGCAGGCUGGGUUCAGCGUUCACCGGUCUCCUCUCGACGGUUGCGCUGUUCUUCUUGACUAUUGCCGUUUCGUUGAUGACCGUCACCUUUGUCAAAGUCCGCAACGUCAUCAUCGCCGACGGCCGGGACGCAACCCUCGGCCGCUACGGCUUCGGCUUCAGCUGGGGAGCUUGGUUCGCGCUGUUUAUCGCUACCAUCCUCUUCUGCGCUGGCCGCCAUAAGCGCCGUGACCCGGUCGCUCCGACGGGAACCGCUGCUGCUGCUACCGCUACCACACCCGCAGCCGACCGCUCUCGCCGCACCUGGCCCUGGACCCGCCGCUCUGCUAGUCGCAGGGGGUACGAUGGGCGCCGUGUGAAGGAGGAAUAUGCUUGA